UUCUAUUAUAAAACUAUGCAGAGGAUACAGCAUUACCACUUGCAUGAUGUCAUAGAUUUUAAGUAGAUGUGACACUUUAUCAUUAUGUAACAAAGGGAAACUAUUAAAAAUGUAAUUACAUUUGUGCUGAAACUUCAUUCAUUUAAGUUGUAAGGAAUACAGUUAAAGUAAUAACACAGAUUUCCAUUUCCAUGUUAAGAAAUUGAUUUCCACACAUUAGACUUUAUUGGACGAUUUAUCUUGAUGACUUAAUUUGAGUCAAUGUUUUGUCAGCUUCUUUAUUUAUUUUAUUUUAUUUAUUAUUAUAUUUCUGAGUGCUGUUGGUGAAUUAUGAUUUCUUACAGUAAAGGAAACAGCCUCAAGAAACUUACCACAAACAACCGGUUAUAGCAGGAUAAAAUAGUUGUAACCCAUGUUUCAGAACCCUUAAAUAUUAAGAAAUAAUUCACACAUGGGAUAUGAUAGCAAAUUUUCUCACACAGACAGGUCCUACUGAAAUCACAAUCAAUAUGACAUAUUUCAUUUACACAGUCUGUUUUGAAGGUCAGUAAGAAGAGAUUUACCAAGUAGAAAGAAUUGAUUGAAAAACUUCCUAUACUUUAAUAUACAUUUUCAUAUAUUUUUAUUCAUUAAUUAAUAUAUUACUAGCACUAAAGGCUAAAGUAAUUGAACCAAGAGUGUAAUCGUCAGACAGCGGCCAAUGCUAUGACUUUUUAAAUAAUUCUAAUUUCAAAUGGCACAGCCACAGAGUAGUUUCAGGAAUGUUGUCAGAGAAGUAGCUUCAUGUUGCCACUUCAUCACACCACUUUUAGCAUAUAUAGACUAGAGGACUCGUACUCGUUAAAAAAUAUUUAUUGAAUCAACAGGAUAUUAAGAAUUACAUAUGCAAACAGAUGUGUAAUUAUAGUCCACAGAAAAGGUUUUAAGUGACUCACAUCAGGGUGUACAAUGAAAAAUCAGAAUCAAUUGAUUUAUUAAAUUUCUGUAUUUUUAUUUGUAUUAGUUUAUUUGACAGCGCAAUGCCGAUAAAUAUUGUUGCAUAAGGGGAAGUAAUGCAACAUAUUAGGUAUAGGGCGUAGCUGAAGCUAAUUGGCAGCCCCAUCCUUGGUUAGGUUUUUAAAAUACAUGUUAAAACAUCUAAACAAGCAGAUUCAGGAUAAAAACAACAGAACAGAUAACACAAAUUGUGUGUGAAUGUUUGUAUUGAACUCAGGUGUAUAAAUGUAUGCGUACAUGUAUGUGACAAGACGGUCAAUGCAAAAGUCAUUUGUUUACAUUUGUUCUUAAAGCAAAUUUUAUUUGUGUAUUGGAAACUUUACAUUCUAAAUGUGUUUCUAUAGUUGCGAGUCUUUAACUGAAAAAUUAUUAAAUAAGUUGGACCGCAAAAACUACAAAAUAAGGCCUUUUAUUAAAGCUUAGCCAAAAUAGUUUAGAAGAUUACUGCCAGCAUGUUAGCCAUAUGCAAAAUUUUCCAAAGCAGGCAUCAGGCCCCAGUCUGUCUUGUAGAGCAUGCUGUUUUCCCGCAGAUUGUCUUAUCAGGGUUUGGCAUAGCUGCACCCCGGGACAACUGAUGGGAGGAGUCAAAUCAACUCAACUGAACCCUUUAUGUGUUCCAAACAACCUACACAACACCCAAACAGUCAUUUAUGUAGCAUCGACAGCUCUAUGGAUAUGUAACACUGUAUGUAUAGAAAUGUGUUCCAUGGUUGACUUUUUUGCAGCACGAGCCAGUCCUGAAUGUGUUCAACGGCCAACUGUGUUCUCCCACUGAGGAGAACCUGUGAGGUAUUAGCCACUCCAGGCAAGUUGUGUGGAGGGGUGUCCAUGUCAACUAAUUUUCCUGGAGCCAGGUCUCAUGGAGGUCCUCAGGACACAGAGAUGGAUGUUGCUUGGCAGGAGCUGAUGGCCAUCACAGAGCUGCAGUUUGAAGUCCCUGGUGAAGGCUCCUAUGAAACAACACAGUACCAAAGCAUGGAACCGAUGGUCCCUAUGGGAGGAUAUGGGAUGGCUCAGUCCCAUUCCGGGCCUCCUCCUCCUCCUGCUGCUGCUUGUGAACUAAGCACUGCUGAGGCUUAUGAUGGAUGUUACUCUGAAGAGGUGCCUGCGUGUCAUCGUCUAGGCAGCAACGCAGAGGCAAUAUACGGACACUCAGAAUCUCAGCUCACUCAAAGAAUGCUCCCCGUCUCUUCCCACACACAGCCCUCACUCAUGGCUCCAAGGGAACAGAUGAACAUGUCAGGGACCAGCCAAGGGCACAGGAGGGCCAAUGCUUGUCUCUCUCAGGGCCUAAGUCGACACAUGCUGUGGACUACACAUGGACAAAUUUCUCACGCUCGCUCAGCUGAUGAUAUGGAGUCGGACUCUGGUCUAUCUCUGGGUUCUAGUCCACCUUUGGCUUCUCCAGAUAAUCCUGUCAGUGGUGCACCAGGUUACCAGAGCGUAGACGCAGUUAUGACAUAUAGUGAUGGGGAACCAGAGAGCAUGAAUGAGCACGCCAGAGGAGCACAAAUCCAUUAUCCAGUGGACUACCAGGGUCACUCUCAUUCAUAUUUACACUCAGGUGCACACCAGUCUUAUUUUUCAGCCCAACCCACUUUAUCUCAUGCACAACCUGAUGCCCCAACUGCUUGGUCAGUCAAACAGCAGGGUCAGAACACUGCUCUAAGCAACCUGUACAUUGACUCUGGAGUGUCCAGCAGAGGGAGCUCACAGCACAACGUGUACACAAAACCACACGGAAGCAUCUCUACUCCCGCUCCACUUAGCAGAGAUGAGCGGCGUGCGAUGGCUUUGAAAAUCCCCUUCCCCAUGGAUAAGAUUAUCAACCUACCAGUGGAUGAUUUCAACGAGCUUCUGACACAUUAUACUCUGACAGAUUCUCAACUGGCACUGGUCAGGGACAUUAGACGGAGAGGGAAGAACAAGGUGGCAGCACAGAACUGCAGGAAAAGGAAGCUUGAGAGCAUAAUUCACCUUGAAAGAGAACUGAACCAGCUGCAGGCCCAGAGAGAGCACCUGGCAAAGGAAAGGCUCGAGUUCAAGCGCAGCUUGACUUUUAUUAAAUGUCGCCUUACAGACCUCUAUUCAGAGGUAUUCUCUCACUUAAGAGAUGAAGAUGGACAACCAUAUUCAAUAGAUGAAUACUCUCUGCAACAGACACCGGAUGGUAAAAUUUAUUUGGUACCUCACACAACUAUGCAAAAGAGGGAACAAUGCUGAAGACUUGAAUAGCCUUUCAUUAUUCAAAACUCUGACGGUAUAUUGCUUGAUUGUGCCAACUGAAAAGUAUAUUAACUGGCUUGAAGUUACACAUUUAGUUCAUCUGGUUAUGACUUAACCUUCAUAUGUUAGACUAGACACAUGUAUAAAUGCUUACAAUUGACUGAAACCACACAGUGCUUUAUAAAAAAAAUACUUUAUUUAAAAAAGUAAAAACACUGCACAGCAGUCUUCAGAUAGGUUAAAAAAGAACAAAAAAAAAUGCAUAAAGUCUUCAGCAGCACCAUGAUUGUUUCGGCAAACCUGUGAAAACAGAACGAGUUUAAUAAAGAGGAGAACGAAGAAUGAA